UUCCCAAUUUGUCCCCCGCCACUUUAAUUCCCUCACUUUACCCCAAACAUCCCUAAUCCCGGUCAAUGAAGGAAAGUGAAGCCGCUUCACCGAAUGAAGCCCCACCCGUCUGGCCUCCGGCCCGCUGAGCGAUGCCAAGGUGUGCGGGCCGGGGGGGGGGGGUUAACCAUCAGCUCUCCCGGGAAUGGCAGUGCCAGCGAGUCUGGGUACCCCCGACCCUUGGGACUCCUCCCAGGGGCCGAGCAAGCGGCAGUCGCAGGGAGCGGAGCUCAGGGACGGGACCAGAAUCAGGCGCCUUCCCCUGCCCGCGCCCGGACCGGAAGUGCUGCGCGCAAUCACUUCCGCCGCGGCGAGGGGCGGUCGAGUUUUGUGAGCACAGGCCCGGGCAGAGAGCGGGGGGUCUGUGGGUGCAGGAGCGGUCGAUCGGCGGGUGGUGUGUGGGGACAGGGGUCCCUGGGCCAUGGUGUGUACGGCGGCCCAGGGCCGAGGCACGGCCUCUCACUGAAUUUGCGUUCGGCGCCGCUGCGGGGGCUUCGGGCAGGAGGCAUCAUGAAGAAGCAGUUCAAUCGGAUGCGGCAGCUGGCCAACCAGACCGUGGGCAGAGCUGAGAAGACAGAGGUGCUUAGCGAUGACCUGCUGCAGAUUGAGAAGCGCAUGGAUAUAAUCAGGAUUAUUUCCCAUAAUAUUCAUAAAAGACUGGCUGCCUGUUUGCAAGUUCAACAGGGCACAGAUGUGGACAAACGAUGUAAAAAGUUACCACUGAUGGCCCUCUCUCAAAGCAUGCAAGAAGGACUCUCCUGCUUGGGGGAUGACUCACUCAUUACGAAAUUGCUGGAAACAUGCAGUGAAGCAGAGAAUAAACUGGCACAUGAACUUGCCUGUUUUGAGUCACAAAUUGAGAAAGAUAUCCUUGAUCCAUUCAGCAACUUAUCAGAGAUGGAGAUUCCCAACAUUCAAAAGCAGAGGAAACAGUUGGCUAAACUAGUACUGGACUGGGACUCAGCAAAAAUGCGGUAUAAUCAAGCACACAAAACCGCAUUUUCAGGAGCUAAUUUCCAGGCAGUAGCAGCAAAGGUUGACUCCCUCAGAGAAGAAAUGGAUGAAGCUGGAAAUAAAGUGGAACUAUGCAAGGAUCAACUUGCAGCUGAUAUGUACAACUUUAUUUCUAAAGAAGGUGAUUAUGCAAGAUAUUUUGUAACGUUACUAGAAGCACAAGCAGAUUACCAUAGAAAAUCACUAGCAGUCUUAGACAGAGUCCUCCCAACGAUCCAGACUCAGCAAGAUACAUGGACUGAGAAGCCUGCAUUUGGAACUGCACUGGAAGAACACCUCAAGCGUAGUGGUCGUGAGAUAGCUCUCCCAAUUGAGGCUUGUGUAAUGAUGCUAUUAGAAACUGGUAUGAAAGAGGAGGGCCUUUUCCGGAUUGCUGCUGGAGCCUCCAAACUAAAAAAGCUAAAAGCCGCACUGGAUUGCUCUACUUCCCAGCUUGAGGAAUUCUAUUCUGACCCACAUGCUGUUGCAGGUGCCUUAAAAUCAUAUCUGAGAGAACUUCCAGAGCCUUUAAUGACAUUCCAGCUUUACGAUGAGUGGGUUCAGGCCGCGAGUGUGCCAGAACCAGACAAGAAACUGCAAGCCCUCUGGUUAACCUGCAGCAAAAUGCCAAAGUCCCACAGUUCCAACUUCAGGUAUCUUAUAAAAUUUCUCUCAAAACUUGCACAAUAUAGUGAGAUGAACAAAAUGACUCCCAGCAACAUUGCAAUUGUGCUGGGACCUAACCUGUUGUGGGCUAAGAAUGAAGGGAUGCUUGCAGACCUAGCUGCAGCGACCUCUGUCCAUAUGGUUACGAUCAUUGAGCCAAUUAUUCAGCAUGCUGACUGGUUCUUCCCAGAUGAGUUGGAUUUCAAUGUGUCAGGCAUGUUUACACCAAUGACUCCUUCCAAUCACCUUAAUAAUGUGCCUGUGUUUGGUAGUGACUCUGACAGUAGCACACUGGAGAGAAAGAGGCCUGUCAGUGUGGCAGCUGUUGAAGAUCUAUCGAAAAAAGACAGCCUUGGUGUAAAGGUUAUUGAGCCUCAGUUGAAUCCUCGCAGAUCUGGCACUCUGACUAGGAAGCACACAUCCCCAACUGUCCAGCCGCCUCCCCCUCCCAUCGAGGCUAUACCUAUCAGCGAGCAGCAGCAAUCAGGCUUGGGCCUUGACCCUUGCCCAGCCGCUGUGCUACCUCCUGCUGCUAGUGUGACAGAGCCUCACCCUCAGGAAGCUGAUGAAAACAGCCUUUCAAAGCCCAAAGACCCUGCAACCACCUUGCCAUCUUCGAGGAAUGGUGCUAGUGUUAUACAAAGUCCAUCACAACCAACUGGCACAGGACUUGGUCAGCUCACUGCUGCUGCAGGGCCAGUUGCAACUGGUCCAAGCCCACACGUAAUCAGAAGAGCAACAAAAAAGCCUGCACCUGCUCCUCCAAAGCCUUCAAAUCCACCUCCUGGACAGCCUGUGGGUCAUGGAGCAAGCCCACCUGUUAACCAAGCCUCUUCACAUUCACCAAAACAGCCCAGCCAAGUUGCCAGUACAUCUCCAGGUCAACCUGGAAACCAGAGUCCUGUGCAAUCCCACAGCCAGUCCUCUUCCCAGUCUGCAAUUCAGUCUCGUAGACAUUCUAGUAACCAAAUGGUUAUUCAGGCUCCAAAUCACCCCCCUCCUCAACCUCCAGCACAACCUAUCAAUCCAUAUCCUUGUAAGUUGUCUUCUGAGCAAGCAGCAGAUCAGCCCUCCAAUAGCCCCCCAGGCACACCAACUCCCCCGAGCACACCUCCAUUAGGGACACAUGGUGCGGGCUUCCAGCUAACUCAGCACUUUACACAUGCCCAGGGCUUCCCAGCAAACCAGGACCUGCAGUCCCAACCUUCUCUUACUCAAUUUGCCACUUUACCAAGGGCACGGCCAGUACCAAAACCGAGAAAUCGUCCCAAUGUUCCGCCACCUCCACAGCCACCAGUAACAGCGGGUGCAACAAGUUCUUCUACUCCUGCAGAGCAUGCAUUUUCUAACACCGCUGCUACAGCUUCAAAAAUAGUUACUGAUUCCGAUUCAACUGUGAAAGAGCAGGACUGGAAACACUCUAAACCACCUGUUGAGUUGACAUCUGCAGCAGGAAACGUGGAAAUAAGGAAGUGUGAACAGCAGGACGUUGAUAAUGACUCAGAGAGCACUGCUUUGUGAAAGGUCGCCACACUUGCACCAUUUGCACCACUAAACUGUAUUCUUCAAGGCUUGAUUCUGCUGCUGUCCUAAGUUGCUGCACCUCCAAAAUGCAAUACCCAGCAAAGUAAACUCGGUUAUUGUCAACUAGACGUGCUUGUAUUGCAUGGAAUCUGAUUUAAAGGGCUCAUCAAUACCACUACUACGGUUCCUGUACUACUCGAAUACCUUGGUAUUCAGGAGACGGUUCUGACAGACAUUCUCUCCUUGCCGGAAACUGAGGUUGCAUGAAAAGUAAUGGCCCUGUGGGAAUUUGACUGUGGAUUAAUAGCCACUCAUAGGUUGCAGUCGUAUUAACAGUGCCUUGUGCAAUUUUCUUCAAGUUUCUUGAUGGAAACUUGCAGUGGUCUUAUUUUCUUUUUUUAAAUUGUACCUUAAGCAGUGUCCAGAUUUUGUACAAGAUUAUUAUUGUGUUGAGUUUGACACAUACAUGAGAAUGGUACUGUGCUGAGAUUUAGUCUGCUCAAUCUGUACAUUUGUAUUUAUCCUUAAUGCAGAUUGUUGGUAUGAUUAAUGCUUAAACCAACUAUACUAGGUUGGUGUUCACCUUGAAGCUUUUUUCCUUCUGUUUAACAAAAGUGCACUUCCUGCCUUAAAAGUCUUGUUUUGCAUACAAGGCAAUUUUAUAACUGAUUAAAAUUGAACAAAUAAUUAAGCAAUACUAUUUUCAUCAGUUUGAAAAUUUGUUUUGAAUUAUAAGCAUAAAUGCAUUCUGGAAAAUGCACGCAAGUGACAUUCGUGUAUUAAAAAAGAAAUAAAAUCAGCCACUAGGCAAGUUGCCUGUGGACAUGGA